ACUUUCAUAGAUUGUGCAACACUUUCCCUUUGAUCACACAGAGAGCCUAGAUGCUAAGACAAUUACAGUACUUGUUUACAUCUUCCCAGUGACCGUUUGAUGUGGCAGUUCUCAUGACUCAGGUCACCGAUGUACAGUUUAUGAUUUGCAUGUGUUUUAUCUCGAAUCAUUGAAGCGGAUUGAAGGUGGUCAGACAGCUAAGGUUAUUACGCAUAGACAAGUGCACAUGAGCUACAGGCCACAGUAUACAGUUUAGUAUAGUAGUGAAAGGAUAUACUGCUGAUCACUAUGUUCUUGCGGGCUCUAUCGCUCCUCCUGACAUUUUAUUUGGUUAGGUCGGAGAACGAUGCAAAAGUACUUAUCCUCGGUGCUGGUGCAGCGGGUUUAACAGCCGCUGAAGUUUUCCAUAACCAAGGAAUGGAUGAUUUUAUAAUCAUUGAAGGCGAUGACCACAUUGGCGGGCGAGUAACUGAUGUCCCUUUUGCUGGGGCAAUUGUAGAACUGGGAGCAAACUGGGCUCAACCAGGAGAUACCAGUAUCGUUACAGAGGUUCUGGAUCUUGGAAUCAAGCAUCAUGUAUCUGAUUUCGACUCUCUGUUGGUCUUUAACCAGACUGGGAAUGACGUUACAAAUUCAACGGAUCCAAUCUGGGAAAGGUUAGAAGAGGCGAUUGAGUAUAUGGCAGAGAAGGCAGAGAUUUUAAUCAAUGAAAAGAAAUCUGACAUUUCCCAACGAGCAACUCUUCGUUUGGGCGGAUGGUAUCCCAAGACACCUGUAGAAAAAGCCGUCGAGUGGUUUGAUUUUGAUUUUGAAUGGGCUGACAUUCCCGAGGUGACCUCCACGAAGUCAACAGCUCUUUUGAAAGCCGAUGAAGAUAUAUUAUUUGUUACGGAUCCACGCGGGUUCAAGUUCAUUUUCAACGAAUCAACUUCUUUCCUUUACGACGACCCAACAUUUGAAGGUCGUCUGCAGUUGAACAAAAUCGUGACUGCCGUAAAUUACGAAGGUGACAGAGUAGUUGUGACGUGCAAAGAUGGAACGACUUUUACUGGUGAUUACGUGCUAAUGACGUUCAGUCUUGGAGUCUUGCAGAACGAAGUUGUAGACUUCCAACCCGAACUCCCAGAAUGGAAAAUCCAGGAGCUGUAUAAAUUUAUUAUGGCCGAUUUUACUAAGAUCUUCAUGAAGUUCGACACACAAUUCUGGCCAGACGAAGAGUGGUUCAUACAUGCGCACGAGAGGCGAGGAUAUUUCCCUGUGUUCUACAAUCUCGAAGCAAAAGGAUUGUUCCCAAAAGGAACCAACAUGCUUGCAGCCUUUGUUACGGGAAAUGAAGCUAGGAGAAUCGAACAGCAACCGAAGUCAGAAACCAGUGCAGAGAUCACAACUGUUCUUCGUACGAUAUUUGGGGACACAGCAUCUGCACCAACUGAAAUCAUUCACUCUGGUUGGAGUACCAACCCCUUCACCUAUGGUGCUUACUCAAACUGGCCGGUUGAAGUGUCAGAAGAAUGCUUCAAAAAGAUUGAAUCUCGAGUCGGUCCAAUAUUUUUUGGAGGAGAGCACACAGAUCCCAUUUACAACGGCUACAUUCUUGGUGGCCAACUAAGUGGUAAAAGGGAGGCCAUGAAGAUUCUUGAUUGUAUGAACAUUCGUGAUGGUGAUGAGUGUCCAAUAUGGCAAGAAGUGAAGAAGGCAGACUGUGACUGCACAUCAGGUGCAUCUAUAAUUCCCAAAUAUGCUAGCCUACAUUUUGUUGCACUGUCCUUGUUUUUGAUGCUCAUGAAGUAACAAAUGGAGCGGUUUUCUAGUUCAAUAAUCUAUGUAGUAUUAUUCACUGCCAGUGAUACAGUACUGUUCUGUUCUAAGAAAAAAUUACAUUUAGUUUUUUAAGGCACUUUUUCUGAAGAAAUCUUAUUUGAUAGGCCUAUAUAUAAAACUCAGGAAGCAUCCAUAUUACUUUAACUUAUCUAUAAAAAAAUAUAAGAACCAUUAAAAUACUGUAAUGUAUUAUAAUCAAUUAAGGUUAUUAUUGGUUUGUUAGAACUUUGUCGAUGGAUACCAAAAAAUAAAAAUAUAGGUAUUCUUUGCACUGAUAGACAAUUAUAUAGCAUUUUUUUUUCAUUAUUUGGCUUUGGUGCACAUGCUGCAUCGAUGUCGAACAUAAUUCCUUAAGAUCACAAAGCCAUGGAUUCACGACCAGCUCAGAACUGCGAAAGCAAGCUGACUGGCAUGUGCUCCCACUAACACUAGAUAGAUACGUCGGCUUGCGAAUGGAUUAGUUACCAAUAUAUUAUUCUAAAAUGUAUGCAUAGAGAUAGUGACAGUACAGUACCAAUAAACAAAGAAAGAAAACAAAA